GGCAUUGAUCUCCACCUCUUCCUCUAAUCCGCUUCUGGAGCCCCACUUCCUAAAUUCCUACUUAGAUAAAGGGGAUGAGAUCACAGAAUCAGAACCUUGGGCCUUAGAAUCGGCUGGUCUGGCCCCCUGGGAGCAGGCAGGAAUCCCCAGCAGCCUGCUCAGCCAGCUGCUUUCCUAAGGUCACCUUCACAUCUAACUUUGUAUGAUCAUCAGUAACUUUCCUUUUUUGUUGUUUCCUCACCUGUAAAAGCGGGGGUUGGACUCCUGUGAUAUUCUUUGGUUCUAGAAUGAUUUGGUAAAGGGACCUCUUAACGCCUUGGAUACUGCCCAUAAAUACUUCAUGACGUUCUCUUAGGCGGGUGUUACCAUUACAUUCCGUUUCUAAAGCAAUGUCAGGACAACAGAAAGGAAUAAGAACGGCCUGCAGCUGUCCGUCUUUGUUCCAGGCCAGAAACGGUCGUGGCUGAAAUGAGUCGCCGGGCGGCCAUAUUUGUUUCUGGCAGGUGAGGGCCGCGGGCGCUGAAGCCGCGCGCAGCCAUGAUGAGUGUUGGCACAGGACCCGCCGCGGCCGCGGGCGCCGUUCAUCUAACGUCAGGGCUCUUCGUGCUGAUCCCGCCCACUGCAGUUUUAAACCAGCGGUCCCAGGGUUCUCCUGGCCUCUCUCGGCCCCACACCCCGGAGCUGGCGAGGCCUGCAGCGAAGAUAGAGAGGAAACCCGGAAGUGGUGAGGUCCUCCGAGCACGUGAUGGGGGAACCCGCCGACGCCGUCACGUGACCCGCCGACCUGCUGCUCCGUGGUGCGGAAUGUUCAGCUGCUCUUAAAGGGCACAGACCCUCCCGGUCCCAUCGGAGCCGACUCCGAACGUGCGCUGACUUUGGACCCCUGGGGACCCUGAACUUGAUGCCAUGGGAGGCAGCGCGGGCUCGCGGCGACGCCUUUCAGACUCCGAGGGAGCGGUGACGGCCCAGGAACCUCGGGAACCUCGGCCCCCGCCGCCGGACCGGCAGGGCGCCCAUUGGAAGAACGCGAUGGGCUUCUGGCUCUUGGGCCUUUGCAACAACUUCUCUUACGUGGUGAUGCUCAGUGCUGCUCAUGACAUCCUCGGCCACAAGAGGGCAUCUGGAAACCAAAGCCAUGUAGACCCAGACCCAGUCCCCACCCCCCACAAUAACUCAUCUCGCUUUGACUGCAACUCUGUCUCCACAGCUGCGGUGCUCCUGGCAGACAUCCUGCCCACGCUCGUCAUCAAAUUGCUGGCUCCCCUUGGCCUUCAUCUGCUGCCCUACAGCCCCCGGGUUCUCUUCAGUGGGGUUUGUGCAGCUGGAAGCUUCAUCCUGGUUGCAUUUUCCCACUCGGUGGUGACCAGCCUGUGUGGUGUGGUCUUGGCUAGCAUCUCAUCAGGUCUGGGGGAGGUCACCUUCCUCUCACUCACCGCCUUCUACCCCAGGGCUGUGAUCUCCUGGUGGUCCUCAGGUACUGGAGGAGCAGGGCUGCUGGGGGCAUUGUCCUACCUGGGCCUCACCCAGGUGGGCCUCUCCCCCCAGCACACCCUGCUGUCCAUGCUGGGCAUCCCCGCCUUGCUGCUGGCCAGCUAUUUCUUUUUGCUCACAUCGCCCGGGCCCCAGGACCCUGGAGGGGAAGAAGAGGCAGAGAGGGCAGCUCGGCAACCCCUGAUGAGCAGCGAGGCCCCUGAGACCCCCGAGGCCCCCGAGUGGAAGCCAGACUCCAGCCCAGGCCUCUCCCUUCAGGAGAAGUGGACUGUGUUCAAGGGCCUGCAGUGUUACAUCCUCCCGUUGGUCCUGGUCUACUUUGCUGAGUACUUCAUCAAUCAGGGGCUUUUUGAGCUCCUCUUCUUCCGGAACACGUCCCUGAGUCACGCUCAGCAGUACCGCUGGUACCAGAUGCUGUACCAGGCCGGCGUCUUUGCCUCGCGCUCCUCUCUUCGCUGCUUUCACAUCCAGUUCACGUGGGCCCUGGCCCUGCUGCAGUGCUUCAACCUGGUCUUCCUGCUGGUGGACGUAUGGCUGAGCUUCCUGCCGAGCAUCUACAUCGUCUUCCUGAUCGUUCUGUAUGAGGGGCUCCUGGGGGGUGCUGCCUACGUGAACACCUUCCACAACAUCGCCCUGGAGACCAGUGAUGAGCACCGGGAAUUUGCCAUGGCAACCGCCUGUGUGUCCGACACCUUGGGGAUCUCCCUGUCAGGGCUCCUGGCCCUACCCCUGCACGACUUCCUCUGCCGCCUCUCCUGACACUGGGCUUCUUGGGACACAGGACUCACUGGCAGAUGGGCAGGCCAGACCCCGGGCCCACAGCCCAGGGCCCAGCCAUGAGCUCUGCCCCUGGACUUCCCGGCACAGCUGGGCUGUAGAGAAGCACCAGGUUUCAUCCACCCUUGGUCAGGGGGCAGCAGCUUUCUCCCACUCCACACUGAUCUCUGGGACUUUCUUCUUGGCAUUAUGCCCUUGGAAUAAAUACCUAUAUUUAUUGAUUGA